CACUGUGACACUGCUGCCAAACAGGAAGCAGACAGUGUUUACAUGCAGCAGCAGCGCGGCGCUGAGCUCUGCGACACUCGCUUCUCCCACAGAUCCAGCGCUUUGUGAAGAUGUCGGAAUCAAAAGCGGAGAACAUCAGCUCCAUCCCGAUCGACGGCUUUAGCCAUUUGAGGAUCACGUCGAUAUGGACCUUCCUGAUGUCCGUGCAGUGGUCGGAGCCGUGGCUUCUGGGGCUGCUGGCCUUCCACGCCGUGUGUCUGAGCCUCACCGUGGUGACGUGUCGCUUUUACCGGGCGCAGAUCUGCCACUUCCUGCUCAUGGUGGCGCUGGUCUACUGCGCUGAAUACUUGAACGAGCUGGCGGCGAUGAACUGGAGCUCGUUUUCAAAUUUCCAGUACUUUGAUUCCAAGGGGAUGUUCAUCUCGCUGGUCUUCUCCGUCCCUCUGCUCCUGAACGCCGUCGUCAUCGUGGCCGUUUGGGUGCACAGGACCUUCUCCACCAUGACUGAGCUCAAGACGCUGCAUCUCAAGAGGAAACGUCGCAGAGAGAACAGAGAGAAGAGCGACUGACCCUUGACCUCGAUACACCCCUCCGAGUUUUGUUACUGUCAUGACGUUGCUUUGGAUGAACUUAUGAAAGAUGCUUGUUGGUCGUUUUUGUUUACUGGAAUGUUUAUUAUUAUGAAUAAAGGUUGUAUUAUGGGAUGCCGAAGUCAUGCCUCUACCAAGACGCUGGUUUUUCAUCCAUAUAAUUCGUGUGAAGUAUGUUCUGACUGCAAUGUGCUCAAUCCGACAGCAGGUGGCAGUAGCGUUAAGGAGCAAACCUCCACAUUUUGUUCUGACGUUUUUUUAAACAAUUCACGAUUUUCAGCUUGUUUUUUAAUUUUGUUUUUAAACUGGAGCUGGUCACUUUUUUUUUUAGUUUGUCAUGUUUUUGAAAUUAUGUCGUGUGUCUAGUCAUUGUUUUAUUCAAUACAUUUCUUGUAUCUUCAGAAGAUGUAGGUUUUAUCUGUAAUCUGUUGUCACCGCCUGUAUUUUAUUUUUAUAUAUCCACUUUUGGAGUAGACAAAAA